AUGGCGCAUGGACAAAAGAGCCCCAGGUGGGCAUUAACCCAGGGCUCCUUCAGCUUGGCAUUGGGCCUGUCGCUUUUCUCUCUCCUCCUCCUUACCACCGUGGAUGCAGAUGAGUACGACUACUACAGUUGGCAGUCAGACAACUUCCACAAUGGCCGCUUCUACACCAAGCAACCCCAGUGUGUGGACAUACCAGCUGACCUGCGCCUAUGCCACAAUGUGGGUUACAAGAAGAUGCGGCUGCCCAACCUCCUGGACCAUGAGACCAUGCCAGAAGUCAAGCAGCAGGCGGGAAGCUGGGUGCCCCUCCUGGCCAAAAGGUGCCACGCUGACACACAGGUCUUCCUGUGCUCACUGUUUGCUCCCGUGUGUCUGGACAGACCCAUAUAUCCCUGCCGUUCACUGUGUGAGGCUGUCAGGGACAGCUGCGCACCGGUCAUGGAGACCUACGGCUUCCCUUGGCCAGAGAUGCUGACCUGCGACAAGUUCCCGAUUGAUAACGACCUCUGCAUCCCCAUGCAGUUCACCGAGGACCACGAGACGCAGCCACCAGUGUCCAAGGUGUGCCCGCCAUGUGACAACGAGCUGAAAGCAGACAACAUCAUGGAGCAUUACUGUGCCAGUGACUUUGCCCUCAAGAUGAAAAUCAAGGAGGUGAAAAAGGAGAAGGGUGACCGGAAGCUGAUUGCAGCACAAAAGAAGAAGAAGGUUUUGAAGCAGGGCGUGCUCAGAAAGAAGGACUUAAAGAAACUGACCCUGUACAUUAAGAACGGUGCCAACUGUCCCUGUUCCCAACUGGAUAACCUGGGCUCCAACUUCCUCAUCAUGGGCCGCAAAGUGGACCAGCAGCUGCUGCUCAUGUCCAUCCACAAGUGGGACAAGAAGAGCAAGGAGCUCAAGUUUGCCAUCAAGUACAUGAAAUCCCACCAGUGUCCCACCUACCACACUGUCUUCCAGUGA